AAGUUUCCGCAUAAGUAAUAGGGUACAAGUAGGUGCACCGCCGUCAUCUUCUUCAUUACUUUUCUCUUCUCCUGCCUGGACUGUGGUUUUAAUUUUAAUUAACCUCUUGAUCCUUAACAUUAAAACAUAUUAACACCAUCAGUUCAGGGAGACGUCGUUGGAGAAUGUCUAGAAUAUCACUUUUGUCGAUAGUUUUCCUUGCGGCAGCUGUUUUCGCCGCCGAGAUCAAGGAAGAAGAGAACGUGCUGGUCCUCGAGAAGGAUAACUUCGAAGCCGCCCUGAAGGAACACACCGAUAUCCUUGUGGAGUUCUACGCUCCAUGGUGCGGCCAUUGCAAAGCCCUGGCUCCCGAGUUUGCCAAAGCCGCCACCAAGCUGAAGGAGGAGAACAGUGCCAUCAAACUGGGCAAGGUCGACGCUACGGUUGAGAAUGAAUUGGCUCAGAAGUAUGGCGUGCGCGGAUACCCUACUCUCAAGUUCUUCCGAGACGGACAGGAAUCUGAAUAUAACGGCCCAAGGCAAGCUGAAGGCAUUAUCACGUGGCUGAAGAAGAAAACCGGAUUCCCGGCUGCCAAGUUUGCCGACUUGGAAGCCGCUAAGACGUUUAUUGGUGAUCGCGAAGUGGCUGUCGUUGGAUUUUUUGACUCUGAAGACAGUGAUGCCGCGAAAGCCUUCGUGGAAGCCGUGCGUGCCUUCGAUGACGUCGAAUUUGGCUUCGUCACUGAUAAAGCCAUUGCUGAUGAAUACAAAGUCAAAGGCGAUCGUGUUGUCCUCUUCAAGAAGUUUGAUGACUUGCGUGCCGAACACACCGCUGAUUUCACCAAAGAUAAGAUUAUCUCGUUCGUCAAGGAGAACUCGUUACCCUUGUUCAUUGAAUUCAACCAAAACUCAGCCCAGCGCAUCUUCUCUGGAGAUCUCAAAAACCAUCUGCUGAUCUUCAUGAGCAAGGAUGCCGAAAACUUCCAGCGCAUCAACGACAGCGUUCGCGAACUGGCCAAAGGUUACAAGAACAAGCUUUUGUUUGUCUUCGUCAACAUCGAUAACGAGGAGAACUCAAGAAUUACUGAAUUCUUUGGCCUCCAGAAGGAAGAUUUCCCUGCCGUCCGCCUCAUUUCCCUGGCUGAUCAGUUGGUCAAAUAUAAGCCAGAUGUUGCUGAACUUAACCCGGAGAAGCUCAAGGUCUUCAUUGAUGAUUAUUUGGCUGGCAAGCUCAAGCCCCACCUGAACUCCCAGGAGGUUCCCAAAGACUGGGAUGCGCAACCUGUCAAAGUUUUGGUUGGCAAGAAUUUCGACGAAGUGGCUUUCGAUAAGAAGAAGGAUGUCUUGGUGGAAUUCUAUGCUCCGUGGUGUGGACACUGCAAGAAGCUGUCCCCAAUUUACGAUGAACUCGGAGAAAAAUUCCAGUCUCGCGAUGAUGUCGUCAUUGCUAAGAUGGAUGCCACCGCUAACGAACUGGAACAUACCAGGAUCGAUUCCUUCCCCACAAUCAAGUUAUACAAGAAGGGAGAUAACCAAGUCGUUGAAUACAAUGGUGAGCGAACACUGGAAGGUUUGACCAAAUUUGUGGAAUCUGGUGGAGAAUUCGGUAAGGCUGCUGCAGAACAAGAAGGUGAAGAAGAUGACGAUCUUGAUGAGGAUGAUGAUGAAGUGAAGGAGGUUAAGAAAGACAAGAAGGAUAAGGUUAAGGAAGAACUUUAGUCACUUUUCGGGCUUUUUUUGGUUGUUUUUUUGACAUUCUUCACGUUUCCGUUGUCAUUUUUGUUGUUUUAUCUGGUGUCUUAGUGUUGGAACUGGCAGUUUUUAUCAUUUGCGCGUAUUUAUAUUCAAAUUAAUUUUAAAACCAUAAAAAACGACAGUGUAUUGAUGACAUCGCUCGUUUCGCUUGAUUUCUUUUCCGGUCUUUCAUAAUACAGUCUUGUCUAACAAAAUGCGGUUGUGA